CAGGGAGAUUGGAUUCGCAGUGCUAAGCCGUUCAAUAUGCAUAAAGCUGUAAUAAUUUUAAUUUUAUUCGUCUUUCCAUUGGGUGGAAAGAGUGCGUUACCAGGAACAUUUUAUUGGAAACCACGUAUGGGGUUAACUGUGGGUAAAAAACCUACUGAACCACAGCGGACAAUAUACCAACCUAAUAGAAAGAAUAUAGAGCAGGAACUAACGAUCCUGAUAGACGGAUAUCAUUUCGGGACGACUAUAUUAGCCCUUAUAGCUUCUUACUUCGCCAUUACGAAACCAUUCCUUCACCUCAAGCCCUGGUCUGGAUAUUUUCACACCAACGCAUACAGAUGGAUCUUGAGACAUCUUAUACUUAUACCUCAGUGGCUCGGCACCGGCGGUAAAUAUAUAGAAACUCAUAAGGUAUGGAAUCGACGUUUCUAUUUUAUGGACGAGUUUGUGCCGAAGUGGAUGAGAAAAGUGUUCUUUUGGGUUAAAGAAGAGGAAUGGCAACAAGAAGAAGAUGAAUUCAAAAUAUUUUUAAAGUGGGCUGAACCCGCUUUUGGGAAGCAUUAUAUGUAUCCUACUAAAAAAUUUAAUAAUUUUCAUUCUCAACGUACUACAGAAACUGUAGAAAAUCUGGAAUCAGACUAGUCAAACUAAUACAACAGUUUUUGGAAAUGAUAAUUCACAGAGGAACGAAAGUUUUCAAAUAAAACUAAAGUUUAUAUUCGCAAAUUUAAUAAUAUCGCUUGCAUUGAUAGCAAUCAAUGUGCGUUCAAAAAGUAUAAAUCUUUGGUUAUACUUAAAAAUAAUAGUACAAAAUAAAUGCAUUAAGAAUUAAAGUUAAAUCGCAUGAGUGGUAUCAAAAAUGCGCGUAGUAAAACCAAGGUUGUAUGAAUAUUUUUACUAUAUUAACACAACAGCUAAUGUGUGUUAUUAAUGAUUUUAAAAGUCUUGCUACUUGGUGUAUCUGAUAUCAAUUCAGUUCGAAAUUAUAUUAUUAAUUCUAUUUUAAUAUAUAUUUUUUUAACUUAAAUUAAUCCAUUCGGUUUAUGUGCACUUUAUAUCAUCAUUGCGAGUUAGAGAUUCGAUACGUAUUUACUUACUCUAAAAUUGUUUAGUUUAUUAUGAUUUUAUGAUAGGAAAAUACCUUAGCGUAUUUUGUUGUAUAGGAACGGUCUCGUUGUUCAGUUAGGGAUCUCAUCUGAAUUUGCAUUGAAGUUGGCGUUGUAGAAGCGUGGAUUCAAGGAUCUACAAAUGAGAUCAUGAUGUAACGUGUUCCCUUGGUGACGCGGAGUCCCUCGUGGUAGUGAGUGAGCCGGCCGGGGUGCAUGAGCAGCCAACCCUGCCGCGUGUCGCGCACGGAACAGUUGUAACGCAGGAAGUGGCACCCGCCGCCCUCGUAAUCCACGUCUGCAAACAUUUUUAUAUGAAUGCUACUGACUCUACUCACACACAUAGUCUUCAUGACGAACUCCAGAUGUAAAAUGUCAUUCAUUCAGAAGUGCUUAAGAUUAGCAAUAACAUUAUUUAUUUAUUAUCCAAUAAUGGAUCAAACGGAAGUGGAAAUUAAUUUAGUUCCCAUUAGUUACCCAGACGUCGACGUGGUGUUCUUUAUUUCAAUAGCAAACAUCUUUGUAACAAUAAGGACUAGACGUAGGUGUUAGGUAUACCAUUUUAAAAACCCAAUAAAAUGUACAAGAUUUUAAUGUACUGGUACAGUUCAUUGUCAUAUAUUUUUCGCAGGAAAGGUUAAUAAAAUAAAAUACAGCUAUAUCAUCAAGAAAAAAGUGAAUUUUAUGUUCGGGCUGGUAUUUUGAAAACAAAAAUAUCAGGAAAAUCUGAAUGGAUUAGACAAUGAUCAUAAACAUGAAUAGAUCCUGAGGAUUUAUUAAUACUAAUUAAGUGCUAUCUUCCACUUCCGUUUGAUCGAUUAGUAACUGGACAUUCUGUAUAGGUAAUAUGCUGAAUCGAACAAACAAUGUAUUUUUUACAUUAUACCUACCUACAUUGUAAGUAGUCUCACUAUGUAAAUUGUCACUACGACUGGCUUAUUAGGAGUUACAGUCAAUCAACACUACACUAUCGUAUGUAUGUGCCUAAAUCAUUUGUAGUGUAACACCAUUCGUUCUAAUUGUUUGUAUUUACAACAUUUUCUGUGUAAAUAAGUUGCAAUGGGUACUUACGGGGCGUGUUGAGAGCAAGAUUAAUGGUAUAAGUAGAGGAGUCGUGGUGCGGUCGUAGGGCUGGCUGCUCAUCGGGCCGGUAGCGAACCACGAAGUUCAUGAUCGAUACUGGCGGCUGUAACAACAAGGUAUCCAAGUGAGUUAAUGAUUUUAGAUUUUAUUUCUUUUUUAAAUUAACAGUCGAUUGUGCCGACCCCACUUAAGAGCGGGAUGAUGAUCAGCAGUCUGUUAUUGAAAAAAAUAUAUACCUACCUAUGUUUAGUGAAGUAAACGUUAUGAGGAAUUGAACAUUUCCAGGCUACGUUCCCCAAAAAAUUUGUUUAACCUUCUAAUUUCAUGUAUAACAGAUGAAAUUAGAAAGUUAAACAAAGACAAUAGAUGCGUAUGUGCAUAAAUGUUUGGGUAUAAAUGAUUACCCUUGCUAUUACACCCAGGCACAACACAUCUUCCACCCAUUAUUAUUCUGAUUAAAAUAAAAAGAAGCAAUAUAAGUAGCAACAUAAUUAAAUACAUGUCUGAUCCAAAUAUCAAGCAUUUUAUAUGUGCCUCUGCCAUUAAAUUAUAUUUUUGAAUAAUUAUGUAUCCGAGCGUAAGAUAAUACGUAAUUAUUACGUUAAAUCUGUAGGAGUGUCAUCUAUAUUUUAUUAGUAGCCUGGAAAGUCUCAUUGUAUAGGAAUUGAAUAUUUGUAAUGUAAACCAGGCAGGACCUGAACGUCAUUAUUAUAAUUAUACUACUUUUUGAUUUCUUAAUAAAUAUCCCAAAAAGUUA